CCAAAUUUGAGUUUUAUCAUUUUACAGUGUACUAUGUUCGUGUUUUCGUUUUCAUUCAAAAAUAAAUCGAAAACCACGUGAAAGACGAUCCAAACAUUCUUGUUUUCUGUUAAUUUCGAAAAACCUUAACCGGCUUGCAAAACGGCUUCGAGAUGAGUGAGUUCAUCGAAAAACGUCGGGAGCAAUCGAUACGGGAGUAUGAAUUCAUGAAACAGCUGAAGCUGUUUACCGAAACGGAAAUUCAGGCCAUCAAAAAUAAGCGGUUUCAGCACGAGCACAAGGUGGAACGGAGGGCCAAAGAGUUGGCUGACUUCAUAAGCUAUAUUGUUUAUGAAAAUGAUGUACUGGCCAUGUUGGAGGAACGUCGGCGGAAGUUGGGUGUGAAGGAUGGAAGGCACAGCUUGGAACGGAGCAUUCAGAAUCGUAUUAAGGCUCUGUAUAAACGAGCGUUGGACCGGUUUUCGGAUGAGUAUCGUUUGUGGACUCACUAUUUGCAGCACUGUGAACGCGUUGGAUUUCUGUCUGAAGGUUCAAGGACGCUGGACCGGAUGCUAAAUUUUCACGGUGAUAAACCGAAGGCUUGGACUAGCGCGGCAAAUUGGGAAUAUCGACAGAAUGGGAGCUUGGAUAGGGCCAGGCAUUUUUCGUUGCGUGGAAUUCAAAGACAUCCGACAUGUCGAGAGCUUUAUCUGAAUUAUCUGGAAAUCCAGCUGAAGGAGAUUGAGAAAAUUGCAAGCUCCAUUGAGGGAGAUGUUGAAGAGCAACUUGAACAGGAAGGUUCUGAACUAUACAAGGCUUUUCGCAAUCUGGAAUUGGUGUAUGAAAACUAUUCCAAGAAAGAUAAAGAUUUAGAUUUUUUCAUUGAACUACUGAACUUACUGAAACACAUGAAGGUGGCGAAUAAAUUUGGAAUCAGUGUCCUUCAGUCUAUGAAAGACAGCCAUGCUUCGAAUGAAAGAAUGUGGCAGGCAUUGGCUCAACUGGCAUUGGAAGGAUCGUACCUUUUACAUGGUGAGUCUAAAGAUAUUUCUAUCAAGGAACAGCUGGAAUUAUGCGUACAAGUUUAUGAGACAUCUGUUGAAACGUUACCAACUAAGUCCAUGUGGUCUUAUUACAUUGAUAAAAUGAUGGAUAUUAACCAAGAUAUGACAUCGCUGCAGAAGUUUCGUCGAAAAGCUUUGGGUAACGCUUUUCGAAAUGCAUUUGCCACCGGGUUUCUCGAAGAGGACAAAUACGUUCAAUAUCUGAAACUUUUAAUCAACACAGAUAACCCACAGAACGAACAGAUAAACGACGUUCUAUCCAAAGCAUUGAGCUCAUAUCCGCGCUCAACUAAACUUUAUACGCUCAAUCUGAAUUACCUUAUCAGAAAAGAUGCACCGCUAGAAGAAAUUGAACAAGUUUUUGAUACUUGUCUUCAGAAAUGCUCCGACGAUUUGUUGUCCAUUUGGAUAAUAAAAUUCCAAUAUUUCCACACUCGCACGGAUUUACCGGAAAAACUUCUCCAAACGUUCCGUGAAGCUAUCCAGCAAACCGCGCAAAUCUCACACCACUUUCAGCCAAUGUUUUUGGAAUUCUUGGCGCUGACCGAAGGCAUCGAUGCAGCCCGCAAGGAAUACCAAAACAUGCAGCGGAACUGUCAACCCUGUCUAGACCUUCACCGAAAAAUGGCGUACCUUGAAUCGAUUCAGGCUCAACCAUCAAACCAGCGCUGGAGAAAUUGUCAUGAAAAUGCCACUCAACUGUUCGGUCAAAGUAACCCCGAAGUGUGGCUUGAUUUUCUUCGCUUCGAGCGAGAAAGGGAUCCGAAAAAGGUUCCUGCCCUUUUUGAACGCGCCAAAUCCAAACUGGACGGAGAACUACUGGCCGAUUUUGUUACGAAGUAUGAGUUGGAGAGACUAGGGUAAUGUUAUGGAACCUUCGGAAUGUUUAGACACAGAUUCAUGAUUAUUACUUUUUUUAAAGAAAUAAAUUCAAAAAAUAACAACACUUACUAGUUCAAAAGUU